AUGCCCCGUUUUCAGACAGAUCCAGAACGCCGUCUACGCCUACCGGCGGCAGAUCUUCAAGCCCGCGGCGGCCCCAUUCUUAUUGAAAUCCCACUAAACGGAUUCCGACUCCAGCUUGGGGCGGGGGGAGACUUCCAGACCCGGCGCUCUCCCCCACACGCACCCCAGUCACACAGGAUAAAGGGCUGCGGGGCGCAGCGCGCGGGGGCGCAAGCAGGAGCGAGCUGGGUUAAGCCGCGAAAAGCCAGCGCACGGGACCAGCCGGCAGGUGCAGCCGCCGCUCUGCGGCCCGGCUCGGACGCAUCCGCCGCGGCGGCCUGGGGGUUGGGGGCGGCCGAGACAAAGGCCCCAGUUCGGGGGCCGGGAGGCGGGGGUGCUUUACGAGGCUCUGGGAAUGCCGGGGUCUCGUGGCCUGUGGCUCAGAGAAAUGGGAAGACAGGAGGCCCGAGGCGGGCCUGCUGUGCCCAGAUUAUCGGAGCCCUUUCAGAGAGCGCACAACAAAUGCUCCCGCCAUCGAAUGCAUCAUUUACCACCGCAGAUCCGCGCGCUGAUGGGCAGGCAGAUAGCCGUCCGCUGGGGGCACGUGGGCUCCCCGUGCCCGUACCACCCGCCUGCCUGCCGGGGCCACUGAGCGUGCGCCCCGGUGUGCCCGGCGUGUUUGGAUGGACACGUGGGUGUGCCAGUGCAUGGGCUAACGCCGAUGCAAGUGUGCGGGUGUGUCAAACAAGUGCACCACAAAAAAGUGCAAGUGUGCGAGCCCAUGCAUGCACAUGCAUGGCAGGCGUCUGUGCUGAGUGCCCGGAGGCGGCCGAUGAGGCGGUUGGAGGGUCCACACAGGAGGCGGUGCUGCACUAAGCUUGUGGGCAGGCAUGCGGCCCAGGGUGGCUGGACACGUGGUGGAGGAAUGGGAGUGCAAGCCUGCGUGUCCGAAUGCAGCGGAUGAGCAUCCUGCGAGUGCCUCACUGUGUCUGCCCUGGAGGUGGCUGUUUAGGGGAGCACGCCGGAGGCCACUAGGGUGGAUGUGCUGUAUGCAUGCAAGUGCCCACCACCCUACGUUGUGUUUCGGGCACACAAGCUUUCUGUGCCUACCGGGAUGAGCGUGCAAGUGUCACCGCUCCCGCCGGGCGUGCCUUUGGGAUGUGCUCGGGUCUGAGUGAGGCUGUGUGUCCUGCCAUAUCUCUGCCCAGGUGUGCCCAGGUGAGCUGCGAGAGGGGCGCAAGGAAGGGCAGUCGUCGGGGCCUGUCCGUGUGCCAGCGUGGGUGGACUCCGGGCUGGGGAAGCGACAGGGAAUGGUGUGUGCUGGUGUGACAGACGCCAGAGAGGCGGGGUGGAACGUGCUGUGUCACGGGAGACUUUCUUGACCAAAACGGAAUGUGCGAGUGUGGAAGGAAGAGGAGCCGUCCGUAGAGUUUGGGGACACCCGGGCGUCCGAGCCCCAGAGUCUCUGCAGCUGGGACAAGGAAGCCCGAGCCCGAAGCCUGAGGUCCCCGCGCCGUGAGUGACACGCGCCGCCGACAAAGGCUGUAUUUUUCCAGGCUCGCACCCCGCCCGCGCGCUCGCGAUGGUCCCCAUGGCGACGCAGAUAGCGCCGCAGCCAUUUUCCCUAUCUCCCCGGAGUCUAUUAUACGGCGGGAUUAGCUCAUCUCCAGGCAGGUCAAACCCAAAGUCACACAACCUAAGACGCGGGCCCCGCCCCCACUCCCAGGCCGCCCCUCCCCCGCCCCAGCCCCAGCCCCAGCCCCAGCCUGGCGACCCCCGGCCGCUGCGCAAGCGCAGGUGCAGAGCGCCACCUGGCGGCGGCGGGGUCUCGGGUGGGGUCCGCGGAGCCGGUGCCCGUGCUGAAGAGGUGGGGUGAGGGUCUCUACCUCCAGAAGGCGGGCUCUCUGGGAGCAGGGGCUUUGCUUUGUCACUGCUGUUCCCCAGGGCCAGACUAACACACAGUAGUUGCUCCAUAAGUGUUUCUUGAAAGGAUGUUUGGAGGGAUGGAUGGAUGGAUGGAUGGAUGGGCAGGAAAUUAUAGACGGGGGCAAACUGCCAAAGGCUACAGUUUAGUUGGCAGCAAAAAAAUCGUUUCUGAGAAUGCAUCCCACUGAAUUUAGAAUAAAAGCCAAACUCUUAGAACCUAUGUAGUGGCCCUUACUGACCUCUCAGACCUGAUUUCCUUCUUCCUCACUGCAGCCACAGUGACUCUCUUCUUGUUCCGGAGUGUUCCCACCCCAGGGCCUUUGAGUGUACUGUCCCCUCCACCCCGAAUGCAUUCCACCUCCACUCAAGUGUCCCUCUCCGAGAGCCAAGUUGCUCCCCUGUCCCCCGCUCUUCUCUGUCUAUGCAUUUCUUUUAUAGUGCUUAACACAAUCUGAAAUAGUCUCGUCCCUGUGUGCGUGUUGUCUGACCCCCCUCUAGAAUGCCAGAAUCCUUGGAGGUCGGGUGGGGGGGGUCUGUUUUGCUUGUGGCUACAGCUCAGCCACCGGAAUCAUAUCUGACAAUUGGUUGGCAUCAGUUGCAACUCUGGGAAUGAGGGAAUGAGGACUAGAGGGGGCUGGAUGGGCCCAGCCACCUGCCUUCAUCAUUGUCAUUUGUCUUUAUCACUACGGUAACUCCUCCUUCCCCCAUGACUUUGGAAGUCAUUCAGCAGCCACUCCAGCCCCACCAACCUGCCCCCAUCCCAGAGGGGCCUGGGAUGGAGGGAGAGAACCACUGAGGCCCCUCCACAUCCCUGCACCCGCUGUGCCCAUGGGGGCGGAAAACACUUCUCACCUGGCUCUCAGGGAGCCAUGGCCUCUCUAGGGAGGGCUGGCCUGCUGGUGAGACUUCACUCAUAAUACAAGAUAAUUAUACCAGAGUUGUCAUGAGGUGGUGAUGAUUAAUUGCUGUGCGUGGGGCACGGACGGACAGCGAGGUAUAGAGAGUGGAGAGAAGGCCACAGCCCGACUGGGCUUCCAGGUGGGAGCUCAGCCUGCCCAUCUCUGCCGUGGAAGGGACUCAGAGGUGUCAGGCCAAGCAUGCAGGCAGGCUUGUGACAAACUCCUUGGCCAGGAGCUCUGAGAAUUAGCUUCACUUCUCUCAGAAAUGCUCCAAUUCCCUCCUGGAAGAGAAGCUGUCUGACAGCUCAGGCCAGGGGGUCAGGACUCCCCCCAUCUCCUCCGCACACACAUACCCCUACCAGCUGGGUGGCUGUACGCAAGUUAUUUUUCUACUCUGAGCCUCAGGGUCUUCCUCUGUCCACCUCCCCCCAGGAUUACUGGCAGAAUUAUGUGUGAGCAUGCAUUUAAAAAGAGGUUUGUUUUGUAAACCCAGGCUUUGCAAAUUGGCAGCCCAAGUCUCAGGGGCCUGUGCAGUGACUGAUCAUUACCAACAUUUCAAAGUGAGAGAUUUCACAUAAAGAGCGUCACUUCGAGCUUCUCUUGAAAAGUUGUAAGAUGAGCUACCCUGGGACUGUAUUCCUGAAUGGCAAUGUAAUGGCAGAGUCCUGCAGUAUUACCAUCUGUGGACUUGAACACCGGGGUUCCCACCCACCCACUUCAGGCCCUUGGGUCAGGGAUGUGCCCCUCAUGGAAAUACCGGGUGCUGUGGCUGGUUUUGGCUUUCCUUCUCUGUAACCUUCCAAUAUCUUUCCCCUUCCAGGUACUAUAAACCACUUAGUAAUUAAUUAGUUAAUAAAUUCAUCUCAUCAGCACUUUUAAAUAAUGUGCUAGGCCACACUGUCAUGGACCCCAGAUAUACAGCAGCAAACAAAACAGCCAUGGUACCUUCCCUCAGGGAGCAGUCAGUCCAGUGGAGGAGUCAGAUAUGACUCACCACACAGAUCGAAAAAUCUCCACAAAUUAUGAGAAGAAUGCUGAGGGAAGAAAGAACAUAGAUGGACUGCUGCUGAGUCCAGGCUUACUUGCAGUGAUCUAUGCUGGCCAGGCCCUGUGCUAGGCAGUGGAAGACAUGGAAUAAAAUCAAAUAUGGUCACUGCAUGCAGGCAACUCACGGUGUGGUAAAGGAGCAGCCCCAUCCACAGGUUCUAUUAAUUCCAGCCUGUGAGAAUUGGAACCACAGGGUGAAUUUUGGAGGACAGGCACUUACACUAACCUGGAAGCAUAAUAUAUAAAGAGUACCUAAAAAUCAAUAAAAAUAGAAAAAAAUGAGCAAAGUAUAUGAACAGAAAAUUCAAUGAAAAGGAAAUAGAAAUGGCUCUUAAAUGAAUGAAAACAUACUCUCACUCAGAGAAAUUCGAUUGCCAAGUUUAACCCAUGUCAAGAUACUUGGGGUGAAGGAAGUGUUCUAAAAUUAGAUUGUGGUGAUGGUUAUAACCCUAUAAAUUUACUAAAACUUAUUGAAGUGUACCUUUAAAACAAAUGAACGUUAUAGUAUGUCAGUUAUAUCACAAUAAGGCUGUUUUAAAAAUAAAAACACUUUGAGAUACCA